AAUACAAAUGGGAAGCUUAACAUCGUAGGUCUACUGAGCGCAUGCUAUGGCCGUUUAGAGGAACGUGGAAAUAUAUUAAUAUUAGUCCCAAGUCAGGCUGUUAAAAGGAACGCUAUCGAUGCUAGCUGGCCGACAUUUGUAUAUCUGGAUCACGUGAUCUCAAGUCGUAGCGGUCGGCGGAAAGUUGCUCUUGAGCCACGCCCCUCGACGAAGACGGAUGGAGUUGACGUGACCGCCGAGAUGGAAGCGGGCCGUGAGGACUUCUACAUCGGCCUCUGUCUGGCCGUGUCCUCCAGUCUUUUUAUCGGCGCUAGUUUCAUUCUGAAGAAGAAAGGCCUGCUGCGAUUGGCCAGCAAGGGAUCCACACGAGCAGGUCACGGCGGCUAUGCAUACCUCAAAGAAGGGCUGUGGUGGGCGGGGCUUAUUUCAAUGGGAGCAGGAGAAGCCGCCAACUUUGCAGCGUACGCGUUUGCACCAGCUACGCUUGUGACUCCUUUAGGAGCUUUGAGUGUGCUUGUAAGUGCCGUGCUUUCCUCUUACUUCCUCUGCGAGAGGCUGAACUUGCACGGCAAGAUCGGCUGUUUGCUGUGCGUACUGGGCUCCACUGUCAUGGUGAUUCACGCCCCCCAGGAGGAGGAGGUGGCGUCCCUCAGCGUCAUGGCCGAGAAGCUUAAAGAUCCAGGUUUCAUUGUGUACGCCGCGUGCGUUGUGGGAAGCAGCCUGGUUCUUAUCUUCGCCGUGGCGCCACGCUUCGGACAGAAGAAUGUGCUGGUCUACGUCCUCAUCUGCUCUGUGAUCGGCUCCCUGUCCGUGUCCUGCGUCAAGGGCUUGGGCAUCGGCAUCAAGGAGCUCUUUACCGGGACGGCCGUGCUGAGGGAGCCGCUCUUCUGGUCCAUGGUGGUGUGCCUGGUGGUGUGCGUCAGCAUACAGAUCAGCUACCUGAACAAAGCCCUGGACAUCUUCAACACCUCCAUCGUCACGCCCAUCUACUACGUCUUCUUCACCACCUCCGUCAUGGCGUGCUCCGCCAUCCUCUUCAAGGAGUGGCUGAGCAUGAGCCUCAACGCGGUAGUUGGCACCAUCAGCGGCUUCCUCACCAUCGUGCUGGGCAUCUUCCUGCUGCACGCCUUCAAGGACAUCGCCUUCAGCUGGGACUCGAUGCCGCUCUACCUGAGGAAAAGUGGGGGCUCCCGGCCUUACAUGGCGAUCCCCGGGCAAACCGGGGAGCCGCCCUUAGAGGGAGGAGCCGUGGGUGGACGGGCCUCAUGGAAACAGAAGGCUCCUUCCUUACAGUAGAACAAUCUUCUAGAACAGUGGUUCUCAAACUUUUUUCACCAAGUGACACCUCACAAAACACUUUGCUCUCCAAGGACCACCACUAAAAUACAGUAGCGUAGUAGGCUUAAGUAUUCAUUAAACACAAGGCAGAUGUUUUAUUUAACAAGUGUUACGCAGUUUGAACAGUAAUGCUGUUUAUCAAGUGAUUCUUUUGGCAUACCACUAGAUGGUACCAGUUUAAGAAUUACUGUUCUAGAAUGUAAUUUUUUUUAAUCUCAUGAGCACACUUGACUACUUACUCUUUGCUGCAUUUCUUUAAAUAGGGGUCUCCACUUAAAUAAUUGCCCUGCCUCAAAUAAUUACUCACUUAAAUGCCUUUUAUGCCUCUAAAAUAACAGGGGAUAAUGCUUUGUUGCUGUAGUUAUUUUUACAAUAUCUAUUAUACCUGGUACUCUCUGCAGUUAAGUACAUAAUUGAAUGCCUGACAGCAAUUAAUGUAUGCCUAUAUUUAUCUUUGUAUUCCAUAUUUAAAAAUAGCUUACAAAAGUUAUGUUUCCUUUUUAAAUGUGUUUUGCAUGUAUUUAAUCGUUUUUGGUACAUGCCACUGUAUUCUUAAUUUAGCCCCUUCAAUCACAAAUACAGGCACUUUGGAUGAGUUCUGGUGCUGAAUUUCCCCCAGGGAUCAAUAAAGUACUUUCUAUUCUA